AUGAACAAAAAGUAUUAUCCUUUAAAAGAAACAAAUAUUGAAAAAGGUGCAAUUGAUGUAUUUAAACAAAAAAUAGAAAAAAAAAAGCAAGAAUAUUUAAGAUUCAGUUUAUCAAAGAAUUAUCAUAAUAAAAAAGAGGAAAAUGUAAAGAUUGAAGAAAAUAAUAACAGUGAUAGAAAAUUUAUAUAUAUAGAAACAUUUGAUACUUAUGAUAAAUAUAUUUUAAAUAUACAUGAUGAAGAAAGCAAUAGUUGUAAAGAAGACAUUAACGAAGAAGAAAAGGAUGACAUAACUUAUAAAAAAAGUGAAUCUAAAUUAAAAAGUAAAAAUGAGGAAAACAUAUAUAUUCCUUUAAAAAUAUUAUCUAACAGAUAUAACUACGAUGAUUUAGUUGAAGCAACAAAUAAUUUUUCUGAUGAAAAUAAAAUUGCCAAAGGUGGAAAUGGAACUGUGUAUAAAGGAAUAUUAAAAGGCUGUAUUAAUGUUGCAAUAAAAGUCUUGAAAAAAAAUGAAAACAAUGGUUUUGAAAAUGAAAUUAUAAUUAUGAGUAGAUAUAGACAUAAAAAUAUUUUAUCUUUAUUAGGUUAUGCAAUGAAUAAAAAUAAUUUUUAUUUAAUUUAUGAAUACGCUAAUUUAGGAGAUUUAAGGACUCUUUUAUUUAAUCAUUAUUAUUUUUAUAAUUCUAAAAAUAAAGAAAAUUUAGAAACAAGUUAUUCAAAUGCAAUAUUUGACGAUAAAUUUACUCCUAAAAAUCAAUAUUCUAGUCAUUCAAAUAAUUGUUUUUUAUCUUAUAAACUAAAUAAUUUUUUAAGUCCAAGUUCUUUUAAAAAUUUUGGAUUUCAAAGUAACACAUUUGAAAAUCACAAUCCUAUGUUUUUAUCUUUUAGUGUUAGAGUAAAUAUUUUAGUUCAAAUAAUAAAUGUGUUAUGUUAUUUACAUACAUCUUCUCCUAUCGUAUAUCAUAGAGAUUUAAAAUCCGCAAAUAUUUUAAUAGAUGAAAAGUUUAAUGCUAAACUAGGAGAUUUUGGUCUCUCAUUUGUUUAUGUAAAUAACAACAAUAUAUUUAAUUUGACUGGAGGUACCCCUGGAUAUGCAGAUCCGUAUUAUAUAUCCACUCAUGAAAUAAAUGAACAGACAGAAAUAUAUUCUUUUGGGGCAUUGAUAUUAGAAAUGCUAGUUUCAAAAUCUCCAGCUAUUCAUGUAGGAAAGAACUACAAUUGUAUUUAUAAUAAAAAUGAGAAAUGUCCUAUAUAUUGCAACAAACAAAAAAGUGAAACUGAUGAAAAUGUAUUCGAUUAUUUAGUAAAUCAUAUAAAUAUGAACGAUUAUAAAUCCAUUUAUUCUGUUUUAGAUUAUAGUGUUAAUUUUCCUGAUUUUUUAGUUGAGAAAUUAACAAAAUUAUCUUUUUUAUGCUUAAACCCCAAUAUUAAAAGUAGGCCAUCAUCUAAAUUAGUAAAUUUAAUUUUAUUAGAAAUACAAAAAGAGAGUGACUUUUUCAUAAAAAAACAAAAGGAAAUAUUAAAAAGAAAAAUUAAUAAUAUAAAUAUGUAUUACGAUGAAUAUGAAAAAGAUAAAUAUAAUAAUAAUGUAUCUAAUAAUUGCAGAAAUAAUAAAGAGGAACAAAAAUAUGCUCUAGAUGAAAAAUACAAUAAUAGUGAAAAUAGUGAUUUAAAAAAUGAAAAAAUUAAAAAUAAUGAAUACUACAAAAAGAUAAAAAAUUAUAAUAUUUAUAUCAAUCACAUAAAAGAAAUAAAUUUUAAUACUUUAAAUCAAUUUUUCUAUAAAUAUAUUUACCUUUUUUUUAGAAAUGAUAAAUUUUGUAAUUUACAUAAAAUUGGUUAUAAAAAUUUAUUUUCUGAAUUUACUCAGAAAAAUAAGGAUAGAAAGGUUGAUAAUAUACAUCUUAAUAAAACAAUUACUUGUAACUACAUAAAUUUUAAAUACAACACAAUUAGUAAUAUGCAUAAUAUAAAAGGAUUUCUUUUUGAGAAAUCACAUAAACAUCCUUUUAAUAAGAAUUUUUUUUUAAAUCCGUUUUCUUUUAAUUUGAUGAACUGUUAUUUUUUCAGAUUUAUUUAUGAUUAUUUGAAAAAUAAUAACUAUCAUGAUCCAAAAAAUGUAUCUCUAAUAAAAGAUCAUAGUAAGUAUUGUCGUUUAAAGAGUUAUAGUAAUUUAUUUUAUUCUGAUGAAAUAAAUUAUUAUAAGCAGAUAAAUUGUGAAUUAAAGAAAAAAUAUUCUAAUGAAGGAGAAAAUAGUAGCAACAACAAAAAAGAUAUUAAAAAAGACCAUAAUAUAAGAUUAGAUAAUAUUGAUAAUAUUAAUAAAUAUAAUAAUUUUUUAAAUAGGGAAAAUAAUAUUGAAAAAGAUAUAUUUAUACAAGAACAUAGAAGCAGUUUUAUGGAUAAAAGUAUUGAUAAUGAUGUUUAUUACGAUCAUAUGAAUAAUAAAAAUAAUAUGUGUGAUAGAUAUUACAAUAGCACAUCUAUCAAUAACAGUGAUUUAUUAAAAAAUAAUAUUAAUAUGUGUAAUAAUGAUCAUAAUAAUAAUGCUAUACUUAUGAAUAAAUUAUAUGUAAGUAAUAAAUACAAUAAUUUAGAUUAUAUAAAUAAUUAUCGUAGUAAUACUUACAAUGAAUAUAUUGACAGUAUUCAGUUUAAUAGCCAAAAUCACACAGAUUACGAAAAUGUAAAUAAUUAUAAAGAUAUUAAUGAUAACGAGAAAAAUAAAAAUUUAGAUGAUUUAAGUAAUAAGAGCAUGAAUGAAGAAGAAAGGAAAAAUAGUAUAUAUUCAAGUUGUGUUCCUUUUAAUGAUUCAUAUAAUUUACAUCAUUCAAAUAAUGAAAAAAAAUUGCAUAAUAAUUUUUGUUCUAAUAAGUGGCCUUUAAAAAGAAACUGUAGAGAUAAUACACCUCAAAUGAUUUUUAAUAUUAAAAAAGAGAAUAAUAUGGAAUUAAAAGAAACCAAUAUAAAUAAUAAAAAAAAAAUUAUGAGAAUAAAUAUUUCAAUUGACGAAGAAAAAAUAGCAAAUAGUUGUGAAAAAUAUAAAUGUGAUUUAAAAAAGGAAAGCAUUAAUUCCAAAAAUAGUAAUGAUAAAGUUUACAAAUCUCCAUUAAAAAAUUAUAACCCCUUUAAAAAAGAAAAUAAUAAUACAUUUGUAGAGAAAAAUACCUUUAUUCCUAUUAGAGAUAUAAAGGAGAAUAAUAUAAUAUAUAUUUCUAAUUUUAUAAAUUUUAUAAACUUUGACAAAAGUAAGAAUGUGAAUAAUUCUAAUGUUUUUUCAUGGUUUAAUAAAAAUAUAUUUGAAAUGAUAAUUGAUGAAAAUAGGGUGGUUUCUGAUAUAACUUUUUUAGAUAUUUUAUAUGAAUUCAAUAUUUUAAACUUCAAAAAAAAUAAUGCAAAAAAUUGCCAAAGUGAAAAUAAAUAUUUUUUAAAAGGGGAGUGGAAUGAUUAUGAUAAAGUUGAAAACACAUUUACUUCUGUUAACGCACAAAGUAAUUUUUUUUUUGAAAUAGCAGUAUAUCAUGAUGAUAAAAAAAAUAUUCACAAUAUUUUUUUAUUAAAAUCAAAUCAGUUGAAAGAUUUUAUAUGCAACCAAAAUAAAGGAACAACUAAAAAGAUAUGGAUUUCUGAUUAUGUAGGUAGGAGAAAUGAAUUUGUUGAAAAAAUUUUAAAAAAAACAAUUUCCAAUAUUUUAUAUGAGUGUAUAAGUAGAAAACACUGUUUAUUUCUAUUAGAAGUACAAAUGAAAACUUUAAAUAAACCGUCAUGUUAUGAUCAUAAAAUAAAAGGAGACUUUUUAUAUUAUUAUUUUGAAUAUAAUGUAAAAGUUUUGUGUAACAGCGAAAAUUGUAUUUUUUCUAAUAAUUAUGUAUUAUAUAAAAAUAACACAUAUUCUUACAGUUUACCAAAUAACAUUUUAUCGUUACUUGUAUUUUCUGAAGAUAAAAUUAUUAAAGAAAUAUGUCAGAAUAAAAAUUCAUCAACAGCAACACAAAGAAUACAUUUUCCUCUUUAUCCAUUUUUUGUCAAUAUAAAUUUCUAUAAUGAAAAAUAA